GUGACCCUGACAUUACCUUGAGAGCCUAGGCACCCCUCUUCCUCAUUUCCUUAUCAUCUGUUAGUCUGUUUUGUUUCUUCCACUCUCUUGGGGCAUGCCUUGGGAAAAGGAAACUGAAACAGAAGGCAGCUCGCCACUGUGCAGGCAGCUGGAAACUCCGCCCCUUGACGUGGACAGCUCACACUCUUAAAAGGGCUGAGCCCAACCAUGGGCUGUGACAGCAGCUGGGAGCUGAACUGCAGUAAAUUUGUCAGUGCCUGCAGAGGACCUAGUGCUAGAGCUCGAAGCCAUGGGCUGGGACUUGACCGUGAAGAUGCUGGGGGGUGAGAAGUUCCUCGUGCCCAUGAGUGACUCCAUGAUGGUGUCAGAACUGAAGCAGCAGAUUGCUCAGAAGACUGGUGUGCCUGCCUUCCAGCAGCGCCUGGCACACCCGAAUGGUACAGUGCUGAAGGACAAGGUCUCCCUCAUCAGCCAAGGAUUGGGCCCCGGCAGUACGGUCUCGCUGGUAGUGCAGAACUGUGACAGCCCCCUGAGCAUCCUGGUCAGGAAUGACAAGGGCCGCAGCAGCAUCUAUGAGGUCCGGCUGACACAGAAGGUGGCAGAGCUCAAGCGGCAGGUGUGCCAGCAGGAGAGAGCACAGGAAGACCUGUUCUGGCUGAGCUUUGAAGGGAGGCCCAUGGAGGACCAGCACUUGCUAGGGGAGUAUGGACUCACACCCCAGUGCACUGUGUUCAUGAAUUUGCGCCUGCGGGGUGGGUAGGGCAGGGCCUGGAGGGCUGUGCUGAGAGCCCCCAUGGAGAUCCAUUGUCUGUAAUAAAACAUAGUACAAAGAGAAACUCUG